CAGAUGAAGGCAAAUAAAAACAUCAUCCAAUACUUUAUUUCACAUUCCACAAUCCAUCCAAGGUCACGACUUCGACAUGUAAUCUUACAACACUUUCGCACGCGAUAAUGGCACAACCGGGAACCUUCUCAUGGAUUAAUGAAAGUCCUCAUAUACCAUCGCAGAUCACUUCAACACAGAAGUCUCCCUCAAGUUACCGUCCCCGGAAAUCACAUACCAAGUCCCGAAAGGGCUGCACAAACUGCAGAAAGCGCAGAAUAAAGGUGUUUAAUCAUUAUUACCACAACUUGAUGUUUUCUGAUAGAGAAUUAGUGCGAUGAAGCAAAGCCUAGCUGUGGUCAAUGUUCAGACCGACUACUGGGUUCACUCCGGUGUGAAUUUUUCGUUUCGCAAAAGCCAGCUGCGGAACGCUCAUCUCAUCUACUACCACACAAUCCAUUAGUUAACGUACCUAGCACAUCAGCCAAAGACCAAAUUAUGUUCUAUCUGGAAAAUUCGGAUGUUUCAAGCUGGCACGUCAAAAAUCCUUACUACAAACCUGCUGAUGCAAUCGAAUUACUGAACCACUUCCUUGGUGUAACUAUCCCAUGGUUCGGAUCUCCGUCAUUUCAGCGAAUUAUGCAGCAUUGUGGGCUUGGGCUUUCUCUAAAAGCCCCGUACCUAAUGCACACCAUUCUCGCCUUUUCAGCAAGCCACCUCCAUUAUUUACAUCCGGAAGAGAAAAAAUACAGCACUGCUUCCAUGUUACAUUACAACCCCUCUCUAGCUUUAUUCUCAUCAGAACUUCUGACAACCUUGAAUGCUAGUAAUGCAGAUGCAAUUAUUGCAUCAUCUUACUUCCACACGAUGCUGGCAUUUAGAAAUAUCCAAUUGAAUCCAGCCAUUGAAACGGACGCCGGUGGAACACUUACUUGGCUGCAUACUAUGCGAGGAGUACCUAUCUUAUGGGACACGAACGAUAUGCGUUCUCAUAUCGAAGGCAGUGUUUUGCUGGAUGUGGAACACGAUUGUAAAGUCUUAGAUGAGAGAAUUUGCGACCAUGACAAGCGGUACGACGGAAGCACCUGGGCGCGGGAAACUUCUAGAGCGCUUCACGGGUUAUUUGAAGUUGACUGUGAUCCAUAUAGAUUCAGCAACACAUACCAGGGGCCCUUGAGGCGCGUAUGUCACCUGAUGCGACUUGGAACUGGUCAAGAAGCGGUCUGCUUAUUCAUGUCGUUCGUGGGUGAACUUCCAGCUUCGUUUGUAUUGUUAUUGGAGCAGAAGGACCCUAGGGCCUUACUAAUUUUAUGUUAUUGGAGCGCACUUUUUAGUCAAAUCGACUACUGGUGGGUUGUCGAUUCUGCAAUUAUUGUUUGUAAACGACUUUGCGCAUACUUGGAGAGAACUACCAAAUUCAGACUCCAUGAUUUACUACAGUUUCCAGCUAGCAAAUGCAGUUACAUAAUGAGUAAAGGCCAUUUGAAUACUCACCAAGCGACCUCUACGACCCCCUGAUGGCAAUACGUUUCUAUUUACAAGAUAGCAUGCUCAAAAGAAGCGUCAAUGUUUCUAAUAGUUCCGGACUGAGAUGCAAAAUCAUGGGAUUCUGAUUCUUUAUAUCUAUUUCGUGCGAUCUAUACAACUAGGAAUUGAAUCUACGCUGUUGAUUUAUCGAAACAAGUAACCGUGCUCACAACAUCACCUUUUUCGCACGUUUAAAAAUCUUAUAUCAGACUGCGCUUCAGGCUAUUGACGCGCUAAGCGCUACCUGGAUUACCCUCAAAGACCUCAAAUAGUCACUGGAGCAGUUCAUGAAGAUUUUGGUCAUUUUGGUACGGAGUUUGCUAGGCCAUUGAAAAUAAUUAUCGCUCCUAACACACCUUAGCAAUCUGGCCCGAAACGAAAUACAAAUGGUGGCUUCCUGAGGGAAGCAAGAUCUUGGCAUGCCCAAUCAAGCAACAAGACAAGCGGAGAUGUGUAGGCACAGCAUUCAAUCAUCGAGCCCACAGAAUUUACCUUGAGAUUGGGGACUUCUACAGGCGACUGUUGGGUAACUCUCAUUGCCUGUCUUAGCUAUUAAUGUCUAGCCAUUCAACGUAUAAGACAAAUAACGCGUUCAAAAAUCUCCUAAUAUAGCUGCUUUAUUGCUUUUGGGAUCCCUUCUAUUUGCAUAAGAGUAUUAUU